AUGGCCGCGAGUCGCCCUCCAUCGUCAAUCCUUCUACGGGGUGGCACCGUACUCACACAUGACGACAAUGACCACGUCGUGCGCCUGCAGGACACCGACCUGCUCAUUCGCGACGGUGUCAUCGUCGACAUCGGGAAGAACAUCUCCGCGCCAACCGACGACUCAGAAGUGAUAGACUGCAGGGGGAAAAUUGUCUCCCCCGGCUUCGUCGACACGCACCGUCAUCUCUGGCAGACGCAGCUGAAGGGAAGACAUGCGGACCAGGGCUUGGUCGCGUACAUGUAUACCGGCAACAUGAUGUCCUACGCAUAUACCCCAGAGGACAUGUACUGGGGCCAAUUGUCAGGCUGUCUCGAGGCGAUCCACGCCGGCACCACGACGGUCCUGGAUCACGCCCAUUGCGCCUGCACGCCUGCUCACGCCGCUUCGGCACUCGACGCAGCCCUCGACUCGGGCAUCCGCUGUAUUUUCGCCUACAGCAUUCCCAUGCGCAUGGCCCGGUGGGAUCAGUCUCAAUGCAUCCCGGACCAAGACCUCCUUCCCGAGUGGGCGCUCACGCAGAUUGCGGAACUGGCCCAGAAGCACAAUCGACCUGCCGCAACGGUCGAGAUUGGCAUGGGCUUUGAUAGCUGGUUCCUCCCCCAGGACAUGGUUCUGGGCAUGCUCGGGAAGCUGAGGACGAGUGGUCUACGUGUCCUUACUACUCAUGUUGGAUGUAAUGCGUUUAUGGGUCUCCAAUCACCCAUACCCAAAUUCCACUCGUACAAACUCCUCCGCUCGCCCUAUCCACCAUCGGACACUGCCCCGAGCAUGCCCUUUCUGCUUCUCUCGCACUGCAACGGUCUCCCUCAAGAAGAUCUCUCCAUUCUCGCAACAACCGGGGCCCCCAUCUCCAGCACACCCGGAACCGAGGCCCAAAUGGGCAUGUCCUACCCCGUGGCCCUGGACCCAGCUCUGAAGCAGUCUCGCACUGCCAACGUCUCGCUCGGCGUGGACUGCCACUCGAACGACCCGUCUUCUAUCCCGCUCCAAGCGCGCAUGCUGCUGCAGCUGACCCGGGUGGAGAAGAAUGCCCGCAUCGUCGCCGAAGGGAAGUUUCCGUCCCGAGACGUCACGGGCACCUCGGAAGACGUGUUCAACCUGGCCACCAUCCGGGGCGCGCGAUGUCUUGGCCUCGACAAGGACAUUGGGAGCAUCGCACGCGGAAAGAAGGCCGAUCUGCUCGUCUUCGACGCGCUCGGGAGCGUGGGCAUGUUGAGCGCGGCCGAGUACGACCCCGUCGUGGCGGUCGUGCGGUUCAGCGAGGCCGCGGAUAUCGAGUACGUUAUCGUUGACGGCGUCGUGCGCAAGAGGGCUGGAAAACUGGCUUCGACGCAUAUCAGCGGCCACGCCAGUCAAUCGGCGGCGGGAGCGGGGACGAUAUUGGAGUGGCGCCAGAUCGCGGAGCAGGUCAGACGCAGUCAGAGAGAGAUCCAAGCCCGGAUUGACGGACUCAGUGCUGAGAAGGCAAGGGACAUGAUGCUGAGUACCUUUCACACCGAUCUGAGCAGGCUGGUCGAUGCCGAGUAG